UCAUGAGCACUUGUAUUCAAUGGUUCCUGCAACUCUUUAUCUCUCUUACCUUACCACGUGUUGCUCUGUAUGAUAGACCAUGGCCAAUGUAGAAAGAGUCGUGGUAAUGUGUGUAUAGUGUUUGGUGUUUAACUUUAUUAAUAUGAUUUGACAUCCAUUUGUUGCAGGGAAAUUGCAUGCGUUAUUUUACUGUUAUUUCUGUUUUUCCCGUUUGUUCCAAAAUAACUCAACAUGAGUUUCUGGAAGACAUUAUCAUGCCUGAAAUCACCUUGUGAGAUUCUAAACAGGAGAAGUUUGUCAGCAUCAACAGCUCUGAGGGACCAACAUAACUGUAGACUGUUGGUUGUGGGUGGUGGAGCUGGAGGAUGCAGUAUUGCUGCCAAAUAUGCUUCUAAACUUGGGAAGAACAGAGUCAUUAUUAUUGAUCCAGCUGAUCGACACUAUUAUCAAGCAAUGUUCACAAUGAUCGGUGGUGGAAUGAAGAAAUUAAACCAGUCUUACAAACCAAUGGAAGAUGUUCUGCCUAAACAGGCUUUGUGGCUUAAGGACAAAGUCACUGAAAUAGACCCCAAGAAGAAUGAAGUGACCACUGAAAAAGGAGAUAUAGUGCAGUAUGAUUACAUGGUUGUUGCUACUGGUAUAGAGCUGGACUUCACUAAGAUUCCAGGUCUAUUAGAGGGUCUCAAGGAUCAUAGGAGUGGUGUAUGUUCUAACUACUCUCCAUUGUAUGUUACAAAAACAUAUGGCUGCAUACAGCGCUUGGACAGUGGCAAUGCAAUCUUCACAUAUCCUAAUUCACCUGUUAAGUGUGCAGGGGCUCCCCAGAAGAUUGCUUACAUCACAGCAGACUACCUGCAACGGAAUGGUAGACGGAAUGUGAACGUGUUAUACAAUACAGCACUGCCAGUUAUAUUCAAAGCUCCAAAAUAUGCCACUUCUCUGUGGAAAGUGGCUGAGAAGAAGAGAGUAAAAGUAAAUUUGAAUGUUGACUUGGUAGAAGUACGACCAGACAAAAAACAAGCUGUGUUUAAAUCUUUAUCUAAACCAGAUGAAACAUUUGUUCAAGAGUACCAGAUGUUGCAUGUCUGCCCUCACCACUGUCCAACACCAGUGAUAGCCAAAAACAAGGAAUUGUCAGACUCUGUGGGCUUCCUUAACAUUGAUAAAGGCACUCUGCAACACAUCAAGUACCCCAACAUUUUUGGCAUUGGAGAUUGUACAACCCUUCCCACCUCAAAGACUGGAGCAGCAGUUGCUGGUCAAUUGGGUGUGCUACGAAGAAAUCUGUCGGCAGCAUUGGAAGGGAAGACUCCAACAGCAAUUUACGAUGGAUACACAUCGUGCCCUCUGGUAACAGGAUAUGGAAGCUGUAUCAUGGCAGAGUUUGACUAUGACACAAACCCCCUAGAGACCUUCCCAUUUGACCAGGGUGUAGAGAGACGCACCAUGUUCCACAUGAAAAAGGAUGUAAUGCCAAUACUGUACUUCAAUCUGAUGUUGAGAGGUCUCUGGGAGGGUCCUGGUAUUUUCCGCAAAAUAAUGCACUUUGGAUUUUCAAAGUAAAAGUUCUUCAUUUGAACAGGACACUCUGACAAUAAUAUAUUUUGGUGUACAAGAAAGAGCUUCUGUUUUUUUCCAGAUCAACGUCUGUGUUCACUUGUGUAGAUAUUGCAAUGUGAUACGCCUUACAGAUUUUGUUAGUCAUGCUUAUUGAAGUACAACAGUUCUGGCAGUCACAAAGUUCUGAGUUCAAUAAUUUGUUUACAUAGCCAGAUCUGGCAUAUUUUGACAGCAUCAUCUGAUUUCUUGUCCAUAGGUUUUUGCUGGAGUUCAUUGUAUAACUUAAGCUUUCAGGUGAGAGCAGUGUUGAAUGGUUUGGUGUUAACCAACAUUUUGACAGGUGGAAAAUGGUAGCUGCAGUGUUUACCUAAAUGUUGGUUAACAUCAUAUGUUGGACGUGGCUCUCACCCUAAAGCUCAUCUGAAUAUGGAGCAAAAAUUUACCCCUCAGAUUAAUCUUGAUUCUUCCUUUUCUUGUUUCUGAUAUACAAGCAAAACAAAAAUUGCGUGAUUGGGAUUCUAAGGUGAGGGGAAUAUUGCAAGUGGUCUCAUAUGGGUAUAUUUAUGGUUGUUAAGACUUUGAUGUGUGCUGUACAGCAUUUUCACCCAUAUUACAGAUACCUUGCAGUGUGUUUUUGGAAAAGAAUAUGACAUAUAUUAAUACAGGGAGGACUGUUCUUCUGUGUGGUAUAUGUACAUAUUGAACAGUGGGUUAAAGUUCAAGCUUUUCAUAUUGUUAAUAUAUCCCUUCCAAAAAUUAUGUUUAUUGGUGAAAUAGACACCAUCCAGGAGUACAUAUUUUUGUGAAACAAGUAAAUUUGUAAAGUAAGUGCAAAGCCUGGUUACUGAAUUCUAAAAUAUUGUUUUCAGAGAUUGCUUUGUAUCAGUAUUGGAAAAUGCCAAUUGAAAAUGAAGUGGGAAAUUCUUUAGUUCUAACCAGUAUAUCACAUUCAAGUGUUUGUACCAUAUACCAGUAAUACAUACAGACAUAAUAUUCCUUGAAUUGUGAGUAACAUUCAUGAUGGUUAUGUUUGGCGUAUGUCAGUGAAAUGCAAUGGUCAUGCUGUGGACUUUGAUGUAUGUUUUGAAUUCAUUUAAUUGUGACAGGCUGGUAUGUAAAAUAUUGUACUUUAUGAGUUUAGAGGUAUAAUUUGGAAUCUAUUAUAUUUAAUAUGAUUUUUUAGUACGUUAAAACUGGUUCAGCAAAUGUUUUUUAUCUUGGGUUAUUUCAGAGUUACUUGAAGAUUUUUAAGUAUAGUAUAUAUGUUCUGGUUUGAGGAAUUAUAAUUCCUUGGCUUACUGGCAUUUUUUCUUGUGUGAAAGUUGCGGAUAUGUGAAUAAUAUAUGGAAAAUUCAGUAUUAUUGCUUGUUACACAUCAUUUGUAAUAAAUUACAGUAACUGAAAAAGA